AUGCAGUCGGUCGUCGUUCUUGCCCUUCUUGUCGCCUCCACCCAAGCCUUCCUUUUCGGCCCAGGAGGACUCUUCGGAGCCCCAGCUGGAGGAUGUGACCCAUGCGCUGCUGCCAGAGCCCCAUACUACCCACCACAACAGCCAGCCUACCAACCACAGUACCAACCACAACCACAAUACCAGCCACAAUACCAGCCACAACCACAAUACCAACCACAGCCAGCUUACCACCAAUCCGGAUACCAAACCGCUCCAGUCCAACAAUCUUACCAACAACCAGCUCCAGCCCAAAACUACCAAACCGUUGCCGAGCCACAGCCAAUCGCUCAAACUUCCGGAGGAGGAGGAUACGCUCAAGCCCCACCACCACCAUCGUCCUACGCCACCGGAUCCGGAGCCUCCGCUGGAUACAAGAGAUUCCACUAA